GUCCAGCCGCUGAUCUGCUGUCAUCUGACUUUGACGCAGGCGCGCUCCAGCUCUCCGAAAGUCAGCAGCAACAACAGGAGUAAUCAUAUUAAUAAAGAGGUCAGCAUGGCUCCCAGAGUUGACUUUCUAAACCUCGCAGCGAUCUUCUGGCUGUUGCUUUCCUCUUUCAUCCCUCCCGUGGAGGCUUACGACGGGGGCGACGCUCUGGCCCUGCUGCUCGGCACCGUCCUGGCCGUGGUGGGGCUGUGCGCCUGCCUCGGAUGGUACGCACGGAAGCGAAACGAGCUGAUAUGACGACGAUCACGGAAGGUCUGGGUUUUCAAGGCCUGCGCUGAAAUUACUCUUCCGUUUGUGGGCCUGUUUUUGGCGCAAAACAAACUGUUAAGAGGCGUGCCUUUGUGCAUCAGUUGUGCAAAAAAGCUGAACAGAAACCACGUGAAGCUGGAGAAGCAGGAAAGAAACCCGGAAGUGCGCACUGAAAUGAACCAAACACUGUUGCCUUGUGUCACAAAAAUACUGCUAAACUUUCUUUUUACGCUUGAAAUCCGCUGCCAGUUGUUGUUCAGUCUAAAUGGAUCGUUGUGGUUGUUACAUGAGGCCUGAUGACAUUGCUUUGUUUGAUCCACAACAACACAGCUUUGCCUGACCUAAGAACGUGGCAGCUUUUGUUAAAAUAAAUCAAUCUGUUCCUCCUG